GCCGGGGCCCAGCAUGGCCGAGCCGCUGCUCCGCAAAACCUUCUCCCGCCUGCGGGGCCGGGAGAAGCUGCCCCGCAAGAAGUCGGACGCGAAGGAGCGCGGCCGCCCCGUCCCGUGCCCGGCGCCCAGCCCCCCGGAGCCCCAGCCCCCGGCCCUCGAGGGCGCGCAGGCCGGGGCGGAGGGGCCCCCGAGCCCGGAGCCGGCCCGCAGCCCCGCGCGCGGCGCCUACCUGCAGAGCCUGGAGCCCAGCAGCCGCCGGUGGGUCCUGGGCGGCGCCAAGCCCCCCGAGGAGGCGGCGGGGCCCGGGGCCCCGGGCGGCGGCGGCGGGGAGCCCGCCGGCGAGAUCUGGUACAACCCCAUCCCCGAGGAGGACCCGCGGGCGCCGGCGCCCCAGCCGCCCCCGGGGGCCCCGCCGGGCCCGGCCGAGCCCGACGGGCCCGCGCCCCAAGGCCCCGCGCCCAAGGCCUCCCGCACCAAGUCCCCGGGCCCGGCCCGCCGCCUGUCCAUGAAGAUGAAGAAGCUGCCGGAGCUGCGGCGCCGCCUGAGCCUGCGGGGGCCCCGGGCCGGCCGGGAGCGCGAGCGCGCGGGGGCCGCGCCGGCGGGCUCGGUCAUCAGCCGCUACCACCUGGACAGCAGCGUGGGGGGCCCGGGGCGCGCGCCCGCGGCCCCCCGGCCCCCGAGGUUCGGCUACCUGAGCGACGGCGACUCCCCGGAGCGGCCCGCGGGGCCCCCGGCGCCCGCCGCCGCCGCCGCCUUCCGGCCGUACCGCGCGGGCCCCGCCGCCGGCCGCGCGCCGCCCGCCGCGCUCUCGGGGCGCCUCAGCCUGCACCUGUACGGGCUCGGGGGGCUGCGGCCCGCGCCGGGCGCCGCGCCCCGCGACCUGUGCUGCCUGCUGCAGGUGGACGGGGCGGCCCGGGCCCGCACGGGGCCGCUGCGGGCCGGCCCCGACUUCCUGCGCCUCGACCACACCUUCCACCUGGAGCUGGAGGCCGCGCGCCUGCUGCGCGCGCUGGUGCUGGCCUGGGACCCCGGCGUGCGGCGGCACCGGCCCUGCGCCCAGGGCGCCGUGCUGCUGCCCGCGCUCUUCCGAGGGUGCCAGGCCCAGCAGCUGGCCAUCCGCCUGGAGCCCCAGGGGCUGCUGUACGCCAAGCUGACCCUGGCCGAGCGGCGAGACGCCCCGGCGCCCGCGGAGCCCCGCGUCUUCGGGCUGCCUCUGCCCCUCCUGGUGGAGCGCGAGCAGCCCCCCGGCCGGGUGCCCCUCAUCAUCCAGAAGUGCGUGGAGCAGAUCGAGCGCCGGGGGCUGCGGGUAGUGGGGCUGUACCGUCUGUGCGGCUCUGCGGCUGUGAAGAAAGAGCUUCGGGAUGCCUUUGAGCGAGACAGUGGGGCUGUUUGCCUCUCCGAGGACCUGUAUCCGGAUAUCAACGUCAUCACAGGCAUCCUCAAAGAUUACCUUCGGGAGCUGCCCACUCCACUCAUCACCCAGCCUCUCUAUCAGGUGGUGCUGGAAGCUAUGGCUCAAGGACCCCCAAGCAGGGCUCCCCCAGGUCCAGAGGGUACCCGAGGGCUUCUCAGCUGCUUGCCUGAUGUGGAAAGGGCCACGCUGACGCUACUCCUGGACCACCUGCGCCUUGUCUCCUCCUUCCACGCCCACAACCGCAUGACCCCGCAGAAUCUGGCCGUGUGCUUCGGACCCGUGCUGCUGCCGGCACGCCAGGCACCGGCCCGGCCCCGCGUGCGCGGUUCCGGCCCCGGCGUUGCCAGCGCGGUAGACUUCAAGCGCCACAUCGAGGUGUUGCAUUACCUGCUGCAGUCUUGGCCAGAUCCCUGCCGGCCCCCAGAGGCUCCGGAUGUCGUGCCACACUUGCGGCCCAAGCGACAGCCACCACCGCGGCACUUGCCUCUCGCGGGCCCCGAGGUGGUGACCCGGCCCCGUGACCGCGGGGGCCCAGAGAGCCCUCCAAGCAACCGCUACGCCGGAGACUGGAGCGUGUGCGGGCGGGACUUCCUUCCUUGUGGGCGGGACUUCCUGUCGGGGCCCGACUACGACCACGUGGCGGGCAGCGACGGCGAGGAGGAGGACGAGGAGGAGAACGGCGGAUCGCGGGGUGCUGCCGACUUCGAGGAUGAGUUCGACGCGCCCUUCAACCCGCACCUGAACCUCAAAGACUUCGAUGCCCUCAUCCUGGACCUGGAAAGAGAGCUUUCCAAGCAGAUUAACGUGUGCCUCUGAGCCGCAGAGCGCGGGGACCCCGCUGCCAAGGGCCGGCGCCCGCUACCGAGCACGGGGAUCCCGGACACUGACUACCGCGGAGCCGUGCCUUAGUUAGUUACCAAGGACCAGGACCCCCGUUACCCAGAGUGGGACCCCUGGUUACAGGCUGGGCCGUAACUGUCCGGACGUCAGCAGCUCAACUUCAGCCCUUGUUCUUAGGGACCAGCCUCCUGUGCUGAGAUCAUUCCUAGUUUCUAGCACCCAGUGUUUGGACACCAGUUGCAAAAGCCAGGCACUGGGGCAAGUCUUAGGCUCUAGCUCCAGGGAUUCUCCUGCUGCCAGAAGUCUGUCCUGCCUGGCAGGCCGCCCUCUCUUGCCCCUCCCCCUUUGCAGGGGAGACACCAGUUACUGUGAGUAUCACCCUGGGGUGACACAUACACACACACCCCAGUCCUCUUGCUGCCAACCAAAUCAGUAUUAGCUUUGAUCACUGUACUCUGUUUCUCCCUCUCCCUGCGGGAUUGAAGAAAGGCA